AUGAGCGGUGGCAACGGCGGCGGCGGAAACGGUGGCGGCAAUCAAGGCGGUAAUGGCAAUGCCACGACUUAUCACCAGCAUCAACAGCAGCAGCAGCAACAACAACAACAGCAGCAGCAACAGCAGCAAUCGCUGGAACAGGCCGGCCUCCUGUCGGACCUCAAUGGCAUCGACCUGGCGAUGAGCCUGUCGCCCAAGCAGCACUCGUCCCACGUGCAAGCUGCCGGUGGUGCCCACACUACGCCUUUCAGCGUCACCGAUAUCUUAUCGCCGAUCGAGGAGUCUUACCGGAAGCUCGAGCUCGCCGCUGCCGCCGCCGCCGUCGGUGUUGGUGUCGGCGUCGUAACGCAUUCCCAGGGCUCGCCUUACGGGAACGCAUGCGGUGCACGGGUGGGUGGUAACACCGGUAGCUCGAGCGCAAGCAGCGGCAGCCCGCCGCUGCACGGUGGUUCGACGCCCGGCGGCAGCACCCCCGGACCAGUUUCCGUUGCCAACGGGGCCGCCCCCGGUGGCGGUGGCAGUGCCGGCGGUGCCGGCGGAGCCAUGAGUGCCAUGGGUAAUCCUUACGCAACUAUGCAGCUCACGUCGCAAUACCAAUAUUGCGCCGCGGAAUUAUCGCCGUAUCAUCACGCCGGGCCCGGCGUGGGCGCCACGGCCACAGCCACGGACCCCAUGAGGUCCCAUGCGGUCUCGUCGCACCAUCAUCCGUGGUACGCACCGGCGCCACCGACCACCAAUGACCCCCGCUUUGCCAUCUCGCGACUGAUGGGCGCCGCGGCGGCGGGCGCCGGGACCAACAUGGCCGGCUGCUCGGUGGGCCAGUCGAUGGGCGAUGUGACCAAGUCGUCGGGAAUGGGGGUGGGCGUCGGCGUCGGAGUCGGCGUUGGCAUGGGCGUCGGCGCGAUGCAAUUCCCUCUCGCGCAGAGACGGAAGAGACGCGUCCUCUUCACCCAGGCCCAGGUCUACGAGCUCGAAAGGCGAUUCAAGCAGCAAAAGUACCUCAGCGCGCCCGAACGGGAGCACCUGGCGUCCUUAAUUCAUCUAACGCCCACGCAGGUGAAGAUAUGGUUCCAAAAUCAUCGGUAUAAAUGCAAGAGGCAAGCGAAAGAAAAAGCGAUGGCCGAGCAAAACGCCCAAAAUCAGAGUGCGAGCUCGCCGCGACGGGUGGCGGUACCGGUGCUGGUGAAGGACGGGAAGCCGUGCGGGAGCGGCGGCGGCGGCGGGAACGAGGGUAGCCGCGGCGGGCCCAGCGCGGCCCUGGCGAGUCCGGCGCCGCACAUGACGGCGGCCUCGAGUCCCCAUGGCACUCAUCACGCGGCGGCCUCCUCGGUCUCCCAUCACUCGGUCGUUGCCGGCGUCAGCCACGUCAUGAGCUCGAGCCAGAGCCUGCAGCACUGCUCGUACACGCGGUCCGCCGCGCAGCAGGGUAUGCAGCAGCAACAGCAGCCGCAGUGCGGCGCGUAUCUACCGUUGCAGGGUCGAGCCUGGUAG